GAGUCGCUCUCUCCACUGCUGCUCUCCAUCCAUCUGUGUCUGCCUUUUACUCUCUCUUUCUCUCUCCAUCACUCCCCUGAUCUUCCUUCUUUCUUCUCUUCUCUACACUUAUUUCCUCUCUUCCUCUCUUCAUCUCUUCCUCAGUGUUUUCCUCCUCUCUAUAACCCCACUACUCUUCCUCUCUACUCACGUCCUCCUGAGUGCAGCACCUGUGCAGACUGGAGUUUGUCGGGCCGAAGCAGAAGGCUUUUUUUUUAUUUGUGUGAGUCGAAGAGGGGAGGGAGGGGAGACAACACCCAGGAACACCUGACCAACAUUUCAUCAAGAUAUGUGGAGACUUAGGAACUGAUCUCCUCCUCCAGCUUUUCUUUAGGUGUGUGUUUAUCUGUUUUUUAAUUGCAACACCUGGAAUGCUUAACCUGGACUGAUGGAUGUUUCCGAACUGUGCAUCCCUGACGCUCUCUGCUACCACAACCAGUUGUUAAACAGAAUGCCCUCUGAGGACAGACACCUAUCAUCCAGCUGUGGGUCUUACGUCAAAACCGAGCCAUCCAGUCCUUCCUCUUCGCUCGUAGACACCGGCAGUCACCACAGUCCCAGCGGAAAUUCCGACGCCAGUGGCGGCUACAUAAACGGCAGACACACGCACGCCCUCGACUCUCCGCCAAUGUUCAACCCAGGCAUGCUGGGAGGUGGCGCCGCCUGCCUACGCCGCUACGAGGAGUGCGCCGGCGUGGUGGACGACUCGCCGAUCAAGUGCGAGUACAUGCUCAAUACCAUCCCCAAGAGGCUGUGCCUGGUGUGUGGUGACAUUGGCUCGGGGUACCACUACGGGGUGGCCUCCUGUGAGGCCUGCAAAGCCUUCUUCAAAAGGACGAUACAAGGGAAUAUUGAGUACAGCUGUCCGGCCACCAACGAAUGUGAGAUCACCAAAAGGAGACGCAAGUCGUGCCAGGCCUGCCGCUUCAUGAAAUGUCUUAAAGUUGGCAUGUUGAAAGAGGGUGUACGUCUGGACCGGGUGAGAGGGGGGAGACAGAAGUACAAGCGGAGGUUGGACGCAGAGAACAGCGCCUACCUCGGCCUCAGCAUGGCCCCUCCUGCCAAAAAGCCACUGACGAAGAUCGUUUCCCAUCUGUUGGUGGUGGAGCCGGAGAAGAUCUAUGCCAUGCCCGACCCCACCAUGCCCGAUGGAGACAUCAAGGCCCUGACCACGCUGUGCGACCUGGCCGACCGCGAACUGGUGGUCAUCAUCGGCUGGGCCAAACAUAUCCCAGGUUUUUCCACUCUCUCGCUGGCAGACCAGAUGAGUCUACUGCAGAGCGCCUGGAUGGAGAUCCUGGUGCUGAGCAUCGUGUUUCGCUCGCUGCCCUGCGAGGACGAGAUAGUAUACGCAGAGGACUACGUGGUGGACGAGGAGCAGGCGAGGGUCUCAGGCCUGCUGGACCUGCACGUCGCCAUCCUGCCGCUGGUGCGACGCUACAAGAAGCUGCGCAUGGAGAAGGAAGAGUUCGUCACGCUCAAAGCCAUCGCACUCGCCAACUCAGACUCCAUGCACAUAGAGAACAUCGAGGCCGUCCAGAGGCUCCAGGACUCCCUCCACGAGGCUCUGCAGGACUUUGAGGGCCAGCAUCCGGAGGACCCCAGGCGGGCGGGCAAGUUGCUGAUGACCCUUCCUCUGCUCCGGCAGACCGCCACCAAGGCCGUGCAGCACUUCUACAGCAUCAAAAUGCAGGGCAAAGUCCCCAUGCACAAACUAUUCCUCGAGAUGUUGGAGGCCAAGGCUUGACACCCGGGCUAGAUGUUUGACAGACAGCUGCAUCACCCAACGGGAGGCGAGGGACAGCCCAUAAAAAAUAAUAAGGUGGUGUGCCAAUUGACAAAGAGAGGAUGAAGCGUGGACUACUGAGUCAUUUUAACACUUUUAAUGGUAAUAAACAUAACAGGAAAAGGGACUAGAAAUGGUUUAAAAAGGAUGAAUAUCAACUUGAUUGACAUGGGAUCAUGAGGAUGUAUAUAAAGACGUUCUGUACAGAAAUCAGGCAACUGAGGUCUUGUUAUAACCAGAGGCCCUUUGCUCUAUAUCACCUGAAGCUUCUGUGAAUUUGUUUCUUAUCUUAUUUUCAUCUCAAAACAAAGCGUGUUAAUAUAAAUGUCCUAAAGAACUGUACGGCCACGUAGCCACAUUAAGUGUUUUUGUUUCUCUCAUAUUUUCGAAUCUCAGCUGUUAAAGCAAUAGUCUCUAACUGGUCUACAUAUAAUAUGUGUACUGUAUAUUGUGUGAAAUUGCACUGGGCAGGGGCGAGAAUUGUUAGACAUAUUCUUAUAUUCGUCUGCAAAGAAAGUGGUACUGUGGGAUUCUCGAUUUCCUCGUAAUAUAUUUACCUCGUAGUAGCUUCAUCGACUCAGUUUUAGUCAACUUGGUGCUUUCAGAGGGACAAUGGUUGGCCGGUGAUCACAGUUCACAAAGAGUUUGCACUAAGCAUCGGUGGAUAAAUGGCAAUAAUGGGUAUUGUUCUAGCCAGCUCCGAGCCUCAGUCAGUGUUUUUUUCUUAUUAACACUAAACCCCCUCCUCAAUUCUCUGUUCAGUGUUAUACAUUAAUAUUGGAAACUAAGCAUACUGUGAAAAAAACACAAGAUAAGCUAUAUUUGUGCGGAGAGCUUUUAAACCGUAUGGCUUGUUAAAGAAAAGUUUAUUUAAUUGAAAUCAAUUACAGAAACAUCUAUGCAAUUGAAUGCAAUCUAAAACGCUCUGUAAUGAAACCUGAUAGCCCUGCAAUAAAUACUACCAUUGUGAAGUUUAUUUAAUGUUCACUCUGUGUCACAUAGGUGCUGAUUCAACUCUAAAUGUAGAGGCCGUAGUUUGUGACGGUGCGGUAUUAGAUUGCAUUAUGUUGUGUAGGUUUUGCUUAGGUUCUAUGCUCAAACAACAAAUGUCACUUUGUUGAUGGUAUUAUUUUCAGUUUAUCUUUUGUUCAUUUUAAGUCCUGUGUGAUACCAAAGUCUACGUGUUAGCUUCAUCUAAACUUAAAAACAUAUUUUGAUCCUGUAUUUUGUUCUCGGUGUGAACGACAGGGGAAAUAUCGUGGCCCCUGAGGGUGAAAACUUUUAAAUAUGACUCAAAUAUUUUUCAUUGUCAUUUAUAAAUAACAAAACCGUAACUUCUUUAUGAAGGCUGGGUAAAUAUUUGGCAUAAUCCUUCUGAAACGCACCCAUACAUAAGCUUCCAUUAGAGAUGUUUUGGUUUGCAACUACACACAAUAUUCAUAGCUUAAGCUUUACAGAUAAUUUAUAUUAUCUCAUAAUUGUGAGCUAUCGUGAGCUAUCUUUAGGGUGGCAAGAUCAAAAGAAAUAAUGCAAUUUUCUUUUUUUCACUUGAGAGUUUUGAGUCUCUUUGUCUUCGUGUUUGUUCAAAAGUAAUCUGGCAGCCUGUUAAACAAUAUAAUGACACUUUCUGAGAAUAACUUGAAUUACUGUUACAUUUGUAUUUGAUCAGCUCUCAGAUUACAGCUUUCUGUCAGUCUGUAUCUUCAAAAAUGAUUUUGCUCAUCAUUCAAAAGGGCACUCUGUCCAUUUCUACAAACACUGACACAGGUUCAACUAUAUACAUUCUAAACCAGUUGCCAAAUUAUUAAAAUAAAUCUAUCAGAAUUAAGUGAUUGCAAUAAACGUAUUAUCAUAAGUUCAAAAUAUAACAAUAAUCAGCUGCUGUAGGACUUUAGUGAGACAGAUAUUGUCCCUUACGAACACUUUGAAGCAGCCGUUAAUCUAAAGUGUUUUAAAGUGCAAUUAGCUUCUGCCCAAACAAGAAGAAAACAUAAAGCCAAGUAAAUAAGACGUUCGCCACUUGAAAUGAUCCCCACAGGAACAGACGCUAUUGAUUCACUGUAAUGUGAUGCAUAGAUAAAUAUAACCCAAUACAGUAGAGGAUACAAUUCCCAUGAUGCACUUCCCUAAUGAGUAACCAGCUAAUUCAUCCCCAAAUAAAUUGAGGGAUGAGUCUCCGCUGUACAGAAGCAAACCAAAGCGUAAAUAUCUUAAAGUUUAUAAAACUGCAUUUUGAGCCAGCCAGACCAUUGUGGUUGUUAACAGUAUACUAAUGUGUUAUACAUUAAACCUUUUAAAACUUUUAAACCUUUUAUUCUCCUUAUCAUCCAGUCUGUUAUUUUUUUGUACCGUCCUUUAAUCCUACGAUGGUGGGGAUGACCGCUAAACAAGCUGAAGACCUUUUUUCUUUUUUGUUUAGUCUAUAUGUCGAUUAGACAUCUGUCACUUUGUCGAUAUAAGACACCGUGUGAAGUAAGAGAUGAAACUACCGAUGUUUUUCAUGUUACCAUGGUUAAAGGAGACUGUUUCUGGCCAAAAGCUUGACCACAACAUGCAAACUGACCUUCUCUCCUCUUCUUCACGUACCUCCUCUGUGCACUUUGAAGAAGGAUAAUUGUUUCCUAACUUUCCCUUCUUCUCAAAUGAACAUGAGAAAAUAAAAGAAAAAUGCCUAAUUUAUUUUCAGAGUUCUAAAACGGUUCUACUACAUCCAAUUAAUUCUAAUUGUCUCCUAAGCUGAAAUUCUCAAUAGAAAUGGAGCAAUUAAAUGUCUGCUUUGGCUCUACCUUGGGGACGAGAGACAUUUUAUUUCGGUUGACGGCGGGGAGGGUUUGUCUAAACCUUUACAAAGGCGAUUUCAUGGGUGUCUGUAAUAGUUUCAUAACAGAGCGAUCACUGGGCUAUGCAAGGCAAAUAUGGCCACCUAAGUUCCCUUGUGUUGUGGAGCAUCAGACGGACAUUUAGCUGUGCUUUGUUUACAACGUGGGCAUACUGUACAGAGCUGUACGCCGCAAAUGUAUUGUGCAUAUUUCACCAUACUAUACUGUAGCUGCUGUGCAUUGAUAUUACGAUGAUUGUUUGUUUCAUUUGCCCGUUAAUGAAUUUUUCAUAAUGUAUCAGCAACUUCAACACACAUUUAGGGCCCACCUGAAUAGCUGUGUAAUAUAAAUCACUGUAUUGAGUCUGUUAUAUUUGGUCUAAGGUGGGAUGUUUUUUUUCUUUACUGUGUCUUUGUGUCUCUCAAAGCUGAAACAAACACUCUGUGUUGCCGUCCGUUUUGUUUAUGAGCACAGCAGGACGUAUAGCGAGUGAAGUAGUAGUCUAGACCCUAUACCUCAAUUCAUAUUUUGAAACUUACACUGGGCUUGGAAGCGGGCCAUGGGUUUCUCCUGGGAAUCAGUGGCACAGAAAUAAAGUGACAUCACUGACUGGGUAUUAAAAAAAUGUUGAUGAACCUGCUGCAAUUGGGGAACACAUUCCUCAGAGGAGAAAGCUGCUUAUUCGCUGUUCCAUUUGCGGACUUAUCUUAUCUCCAUGCACUCUGAGAUGACGAGAUUUACAUAAAACAUGGAGGAUCCUCCCUGGCCGUUCUGCUCCGCGGUGUAUAAAAGGACCCUGCUUAGGUGUGUGUACCGUAGACAUAUGAUUACCCAAGAGGUUUACUCCCCUCAAAAGCAAUAUGUUAGAAAUUCUGAUAUAUGAAUCAAGUUAAAAGGGAGCUUUGGUUCAUUGUAAUUAUAAACGUACCCUAUGUUUGGAAAAAGACAGGGUAACUAUGCACACACAGUCCUGGAGAGACACAAAUAAUGUGAAAAUGUUGGGAUGAAGAAGCAAAAAGCCAACCACAGCUGGGUUUCACUGGACAGUAUUGUGUGGCAUUCUCUUGUGUUUUGUUUGUUGUGUUCAUGCCUAAUGUACCCAUGUGUAAAUAUAUGCUUUUUUUGGAGUGAGUCAGAUCUAACAAUGCACUGAAUGUACAGUGACAAUAAAAUCACAUGGUUUAUGUAA